AUGCUACUGAUAGCGCAAGCUGCGAAGAAUAAUGUCGAUCUUGGUCCUCUCGUUGACCAGUUCAAUUAUGUCCUUGGUCUUGCCAGUACUGCCACUACAAUCACAACCGCUGUGGAUACCGCUGCACCGACCUGCGUCAGCGGCGCGCAAUUUGAUGUUUUCGGCGCGAUUUUGAACUCGCUCAAGAAUCUCGAUGUUAAUCUUCAGAUCCAGUCGAAGUUGCAUCUUGACGAUUACGCAGCUUCGCUCAAUUUUAAU